UUGCGCGACGUUAUUCGCUGCUUUGCGGCAGCGGAAUUUGUGGGAGUGGCAGGCUGCGAAAGAGGGGGAGUAGAAGAAGAAGCGGUUGCCAGCAUGGCGUUAACACUCUACUCUCUCAUCCAGACCGCUAUCCUCUGCACAAAUGCGAUCGCUGUGUUACACGAGGAGAGGUUUCUGAGCAAAAUCGGUUGGGGUGCUGAUCAAGGGGUUGGAGGAUUUGGGGACGAUCCAGGAAUCAAAGCUCAGAUACUGACUCUCAUUCGCUCAGUUCGGACCGUCAUGAGAGUGCCUUUGAUCAUAGUAAACUCUGCCUGCAUCGUCCUGCUGUUGCUCUUUGGCUGA